AUUUCUUCUGUCUAUAAAUAGAUGACGCAGGUGACGUUUCCAUCAUGAAUGGUAGUGUUCCUCUAAUGUAUAAAUGUUUCAGCCUCUCUGUGCCGUCAUGUAACUAUUUUUUUACUGUGCGAUACCUGUGCUCUGUAGCCAUGUGUUUAUAUCAAUAGGGCCAGGAUGUUGAUAUAGUUGUAUCCAGGGAACAUGCAUUUCUUUUUCAUCCACUAGGGGUCACUGGAGUACUCUUGGGAUAUGGACGGUUUCCGUAGGAACAGGGCACUGAAUAUUUAAAUUUAGAACACUCCACCCCUCCAUAUCCCCGAGUACCUCAGUGUUUUUUCUAUGCUCGAAGUAGCAACAGGUCGUUUGUGGCUGGGUCCACAAUUCUUUUGACUAAAUUCUUUUAAUUUUUUUUUUUUUUCUUUUUUCACAUCCCUUUCCCCCUUCCAAAAGGCAGGGUCAGGGAUAGUGCAAGCUGCUGAUAGCAGCAGUGGCGUGUCGGUCCUCACUGAAUGAGCUCCCUCACAGCCACACACAGAUCCUCCUGCACAGGCUGGCCGGCGCUUGUACAGAAGCCCCGUCGGAGCCUCAUCACAAGCUGCAGGAGUGAAGAACGUUCCAGUACUACGUCUCUACUCCACCGGAGGCGCAGGGGUGUUAGUGGGAAUUUGGGAUCACAUUUCAUAGUACUGGCCACGUGUACUGCACUGGGCCAGGUAGGUAGGUAGGUCUGUCUGUCUGUCUGUCUGUCUGUCUGUCUGUCUGUCUGUCUGUCUGUCUGUCUGUCUGUCUGUCUGUCUGUCUGUCUGUCUGUCGUGUGGAGGAGGAAACAGGCGGCACUCCAAGGACUUGUAUAACAAACUUGUAUUCAAAACAUGGUGAAAAAAACAAAGCAAAACAAAGGUACAGGUAUCUUACAACGUUUCAAGGCAUGGCAGCCUUUUCAUCAGGUAAGUGACCCUGGUGCUGUGAAAGAAAAGAAAAACGAACCAAACUAAACCCAGAAACACUCACCUUUUAAAUAGCAUGCAGGAGGAAGGCAAGCUGUUCCCGGCGUCUGUGAUCAGGACUUCCUGGUGAGUCACGUGAGAGGCUCUGUGAUGACGUGUGUGUUGCCUAGCAACGUGUCCGUGAUUAGACAGGCGCCGGGAAAGCCUGUCAGAGAAAUGUAAACAAAGUGAUAAGGCAUGUGAAAUACAUGCAGUGAAGCUGUGAACGGAACUUGUGAAAGUGAAAGCAAUAUAGUGACUGAGAGAUAAGUUUAAAAGAUGUUUAAAAAGACAAUAUUCAAAAAGCUGUACAGCAAAUAACAUGCAGUUUUAUAGUUACCAAUGAAGGCACAUGUUAUAUGGGCAUAUGAGCAUUUUAACUGUAUAUCCCAUGCAGGGAAAAAUAAUUAUUAUUUAAAUUGUAAUCUUUAAAUUUUGAUAUUGACUUGGGCACUAAGCCCUGGCUGACGUAUGUCACUCAAGAGGUGCAGGAGAACAGGAAGUCCUUGGAGUGCCGCCUGUUUCCUCCUCCACACAACACCUGAGCCACAGGUGGGAAGGGACUGUUUGUCUGCAUUAUCUUUUGGAGGGCACCCAGGCGUUAUUCUACUUAUCAGAGUGCCGGAUAUUUCUUUUUUAUAUAUAUAUAUAUAUAUAAUCACCUUAGUACUAUUUUACUGAGUCGUGCAAGUGUCUGUUUUUUGUGUAUUGUAUUGUCUGUCGCCAUAAUGAGUAAGGCACCAGCAAAAACUAAAAAGCAUCACUGCAAAGUCUGUAGCAGUGUGUUACCGGAUGGAUCUACCACAUGUACAGUAUGUUUUGUGGAUUCGGUUCAGAAUACAAUUUCUGCUCCGGUUUUAAAGCCAAUUUCUUCCCCGAACCCUCCUUGGGAAAUGCUAGCCAAUGUACUGGCUGGGUUGCAAUCAGAAUUGACCGCCGCUCGACAGGAGCGGGAAACGGCAAGAUCUGAGUCUAGGGUGAGACCGCCAGAACUACCGGAGGCGUCUCAGCCUUGCGAAAGGUCCAAAUCCAUUUUGGGUAGACGGGAUAAAUUUCAUGUCUUAUGAUUUACCAGUUUCUGCUAUGUUGCAUUCUGACAAUUCCAUGCCAGACCUCACGGCACAAGAUGAGGGUGAGGAGGGCGAAGUGGAGUCAGACAGUGAGGAUUUUAACAGCUCAGGCAUUGAUAAUCUCAUCAGAGCGGUGCGUCAGUCUCUGAAGUUUACAGAAACUGAGGAGCCUCUCAAAUGAUCGGGUCGUCUUUACUAAACGACAAAGAACUCCAAUAAGUUUUCCUGUGACGGAGUCUCUUAAUAAGAUGUUAGUAGAAACACGACAGGCUCCAGAUAAACGGUUUUCUAUACCUCGCAGAUUUAAGUCUAGUUACCCGUUUCCAGACUCUGUGACAUGUACAUGGGAGAAUCCACCAAUAGUUGAUUCGUCAGUGUCGAAGCUUACAAAGAAAUUAACCAUACCAGUGCCAGCGGCUACUACGCUUAAAGACCCUUCAGAUCGCAAGAUAGAAACUAUGCUAAAGUCCAUGUGUGUAGCAGCAGGAGUGCUGCUGAGACCUGGCUUGGUUGGUAUCUGGGUCACUAAGGCGCUCAUAGUAUGGAUAACAGAACUUAAGUCUGCCUUACAUGACGAACACCUUAUACUUCUUGCUGAUCAAAUGUGUGAGGCUUUGGAGUAUCUCUGUACAGCUUCUACUGACGUCUGUCAGCUCACUUCUCGUAUUUCAUCGUCGCUAGUUACGGCACGACGAGCACUCUGGCUGCGUGCUUGGCAAGCGGAGGCAGAGGUCAAACGAGGUAUAGAGGCGUUACCUUACGAUGGCAAGAAGUUGUUUGGUCCUGAAUUGGACGCAUGGAUUGCUGAGGCUACGGGAGGAAAGUCGGUUUUCUUACCAUUGCCUCCACCGGUACCAAGAAGGAGGUACUCUGGACCUUCGUUCAAAUCCUUUAGACCUCAGUCCUUUCGAGGACGUGGCAGAGGAACAGCCACGCCUGGUGGACGUGGUUUCCAACAAACCAACACAAGUCGUCAGGACGCUAAGGUUACCGACAAGCCAGUGGCAUGACGGGCUACCAGCCCAUCUCGGUUCUCCGAUUGUGGGAGCACGCCUUCAGACGUUCCAGUUGGCGUGGUUGCAGACAUCCGCGGAUAGGUGGAUCCGCAAUUUAGUGUUAAAAGGUUACAAAAUAGAGUUCGACUGUCUUCCGCCACUGCGGUUUUUCAAGACAGGAUUGCCUCUGUCGGACGACAAGAGGGCGGUUCUGCAAAUUGCCAUUCAGUCCCUACUGGAUUCAGCAGUUUUGAUUCCGGUCCCUGUACAUCCACAGGGUCAGGGUUAUUAUUCCAGUCUGUUUGUGGUACCGAAGCCGGAUGGCUCAGUCAGACCAAUAUUGAACUUAAAGGGUCUCAAUCGGUACGUAACUUACUACAGAUUCAAGAUGGAAUCUCUGCGUUCCGUGAUUGCGGGUUUAGAGCCAAAGGAAUUCAUGAUUGCGCUAGAUCUCAAGGAUGCGUACUUACACAUUCCGAUUUGGCAGCCUCAUCAGAGAUUCUUGCGGUUUGCAAUACGCCAGAACCAUUACCAGUUUCAGGCUCUACCGUUUGGCCUAUCGUCAGCGCCUCGGGUGUUCACCAAAGUGAUGUCUGUGAUGAUAGCUCAUCUCGGAUCCCUGGGAGUAACAAUAGUUCCGUAUUUAGACGAUCUGCUCAUCAAAGCCCCGUCUCAACAGAUGCUUCUCCAACAUGCGCUGCUAACGUACAAUGUACUGGUUCACCACGGUUGGAUUGUCAACUUCAAGAAAUCACAUCUAAUUCCGUCUCAACGCCUUCAAUUCCUAGGAAUGAUUUUCGAUACGGUCAAUCAAAGAAUUUACCUACCACAACAGAAAGUACAGAUUCUACGCCAUCUGGUACAAUUAGUGCUCAAGCCACGCACAGUGUCGGUACAUUUGUGCAUUCGCCUCUUAGGCACAAUGGUGGCAGCUUUCGAAGCGCUUCAGUUCGGAAGAUUUCACUCGCGUCCUUUUCAACUGGAUGUGCUCGCACAGUGGUCGGGCUCGCAUCUGCAGAUUCACCACAGGGUGAGGUUGUCGCCAAGGGCAAGGGUGUCUGCUCUGGUGGCUCAAGGAACACAAUUUAACCGCAGGGAGACUGUUCGGCGGCUGGAAUUGGAUAAUUCUAACGACGGACGCCAGUCUCAGAGGUUGGGGAGCUGUAGUUCAAAAUUGUCAGCUCCAGGGUCUCUGGGCGGAUCACGAAAGAUUGCGGUCUAUAAAUGUCCUGGAACUCCGCGCAAUUUACAAUGCGCUACGACAAGCAGUGCACAUGCUUCGGUCUCACACUGUCCAGGUGCAGUCAGACAAUGUGACAGCGGUCGCAUACAUCAACAAACAAGGAGGAACAAGAAGCCGCAUGGCAAUGCGGGAAGUAGCUUGAAUCCUCAAUUGGGCGGAAUACCACCAGGUGAUAUUGUCGGCAGUGUUCAUUCCGGGAGUGGACAACUGGGAAGCGGAUUAUCUCAGUCGUCGGGAUUUUCAUCCAGGAGAAUGGGCAUUAAAUCCAGAAGUGUUUCACAUGUUGGUUCAGCGGUGGGGUUAUCCUCAGGUGGACCUGAUGGCGUCUCGACACAAUCACCAAACGCUCCAGUAUGUGUCCAGAACGAGGGAUCCAAAGGCAGUGGCGGUGGAUGCUCUCACCGUCGCGUGGCUGUACAGCCUUGUGAAUCUGUUUCCACCGUUUCCGUUGCUCCCUCUGGUGCUAAAACGGAUCAAAAGAGUCUGUCACAGUCAUACUAGUGGCGCCUCAUUGGCCUCGGAGAGCUUGGUUCUCGGAUCUCCGCGGACUACUCGCAGACGAUCCUUGGCCGCUCCCUCUACGUCCGGACUUGUUACAACAGGGUCCGUUCCUUUACCCCGAUUUAGCGCGGCUGCGUUUGACGGGGUGGCUGUUGAGACCGCCCUCUUAAGAAGAGAGGGCAUUCCAGAAUCGGUUAUACCAACCAUGUUACGAGCUAGGAAGCCAGUUACGGCAGCUCAUUAUUACAGAAUUUGGCGUGCCUAUAUAGGUUGGUGUGAAACUCGGAAGUUUCCGACAUCAUCUUUCAAGUUAUCCUGUCUUUUGUUAUUUCUACAGACGGGGUUAGAUGGAGGACUGCGUUUAUCUACACUAAAGGUGCAGGUAUCUGCGUUGUCAAUUUACUUUCAAAGACGAUUGGCUCUAUUGCCGUCGGUACACACUUUUCUGCAGGGUGUCCUCAGAGUACAGCCUCCAUUAAUUCCACCUACAGCGCCAUGGGACUUGAAUCUGGUUUUAGAUUUCUUACAGUCUUCAUAUUUUGAACCCUUACAGCAAGUGGAUAUAAAGUUUCUCACUUGGAAAACAAUUUUUCUGCUAGCCUUAGCUUCGGCAAGGCGUGUUUCAGAUUUGGGUGCCUUGUCAUGCAAGCCACCGUAUUUGGUGUUUCAUGAUGACAGAGCGGAACUUCGGACGAAUCCCGCUUUCUUACCAAAAGUAGUGUCCUCUUUUCACAUCAAUCAACCAAUAGUAGUUCCUGUGUUAACAGCACAUUCUGGAACUCUGGAUGUAGUACGCGCAUUACGCGUUUAUGUAUCCCGAACGUCUUCAGUUCGUAAGACGGAUACGUUGUUUGUUCUCUAUGAUGCUGCCAAGAUGGGUUGGCCAGCGUCUAAACAAACCUUAUCCAGAUGGAUAAAACUGACCAUACGUCAGGCUUAUCUUCAUGCUAGGUUACAGCCGCCUACAUCAGUAACAGCUCAUUCCACACGUUCUGUGGGAACUUCAUGGGCAGCUGGUCGGGGAGCUUCUACGACGCAGCUUUGCCGUGCGGCUACAUGGUCUUCAGUGCACACGUUUGUGCGCUUUUACAAGUUUGAUACGUUUGCGGCAUCAGCAUCUAGCUUUGGCCGCCUAGUGUUACAGGUGCCAAACAGCUCUACCGCCCACGGGGGAAGCUUUGGUACGUCCCAAGAGUACUCCAGUGACCCCUAGUGGAUGAAAAAGAAAAAAAGAUUUUGGUACUUACCAGGUAAAUCCUUUUCUUUGAAUCCAUAGGGGGCACUGGACGCCCACCCAGAGCAGUUUUACCUGGUUUGUGGUAAGUUCAGAGGAUCUUAUGGUAACACACUCUCACCGACUGGUUCAAAUUUAUCAAGUGAUGGUUAUGGUGUCAACUGUUUAGUUGUCUGUACCGUUAUGGGUCAACUUUGUUGUUGUCCGUUAUGUUAUAUGUAAUACUCCAUUGUCAACCUCUCUAUAGUUCCUGUUCGGCUCAGUAAAAAACACUGAGGUACUCGGGGAUAUGGAGGGGUGGAGUGUUCUAAAUUUAAAUAUUCAGUGCCCUGUUCCUACGGAAACCGUCCAUAUCCCAAGAGUACUCCAGUGCCCCCUAUGGAUUCAAAGAAAAGGAUUUACCUGGUAAGUACCAAAAUCCUAUUUUUUGUGUACAUUGUACUUGUCAGUUAUUCACUGAGUGCAGGUUAGUGCCUUUGGGAUUUAUAAUUUGUACUAUAUUCAUGAGCGUUUAAUACUGCUCCGAGGGUGUUUUUGGUUAGACUGUGUCUCGCCACACCGGACUUCUGGCUUCUGUUUUGUGGAGUGUAUGUGAAGUCUAAUAUGACUCAGGAGCAGCUUCUGUUCUCAGUGGGUGCAGUAUUUGGUCCUGAACUGGAGAGGAGCAUUGUACAAGCUACAAGUUAGUCCUCCUCCUCCUUCGUCCUCUGUCCUCAAGGCACUUACAGCAUCUUCCCUUUGAUGGAGUGAAGGUAACUCACUGGGAGAAUGUUUUCAUAAAUCCAUUUUACGGAUUGGCCGCCGUGUGAAUAGCAGUCAGGGGGCGUUUGUGGGCGGUAACGAGGGAGUGGCGACUAAACGCAGCCGCGUCCCGACUGUCUUGGGAGGUCCGCCACAGCCUGAGAGUGCAAUCCCGUACGCAGACUCGGUGGCAACGGCGGCCUUUCUAAGUGAGCGUAGGGUUACAUAGAACUUCGGUAGUCGCCUGACCAGCGUCCAAGUGCUGCGUCUUGGAUUUGCAAAGCCUUUGGUUAGCGUCUCAAUACAAAACCUGGCAGGUGUGACAAUUACAUACUUGUCACACAGUCCCUGUGUAAACGUUCGCAACAGUGGUGAAUUAACGCACAUAUCUGAAUCGGGCCCCAGAGACCAUAAUUCCGGGGGUCUCUUCAUUCAUUGGAUGUGGUGAGGUCUUAUGCUCGGAGGAGGAGAGCGCUCUACUAGAUGAAGACUUCCUUGGUUCUCUGACGUGUCAGACUUCUAUGGGGACAGGGAGUCUCUUCCGAGAGCCUACAUGCACAUUCUACCGGAUCAGUGGGCGGCUCGGGGCAUCGGCUGGGGAGCUCUGAUGACUUAUACACAGACUAGAUUAUACUUGUGUUUGCCGCAACGGAUGCCAUUUUGGGAAGGAAGGACGUUUUCUGAGUCCCGUACUUUAUGCUUGCUCCCCUUUGUGUGUGAUCCUCGUUUUUCCAGUUAUGUGGUGCUAUGUUGCUUUUCCUUCUAUAUCCCUGUGCCUGCAUGACCUCCAGUACAUUUGCCAGACAUGUUUAAAGGGCCCACACUCCUAGAUACAUACUAUAUCCCAGUAGGCUCAGAGAACAGAAUAUACAGGGUAUGUUACAUUAGCAGGGUAGAUUGUGACGUUUAAGCUAUACAUAUAAAAUCAUAAGGGUUGUCUGUAAAUAGCAAUUUGUUUGGAAUAAUAUACUUGUAGGGACUGUUAAUGACCUAGGAAGACAAAUUUUUAUUUUUUUUGUCUGUUUGUUCCGGCAUCACGCAAAAACUACUGGAUGAGUUUGGAUCUCCUUUCGCUGUUUAGCUUAGUGACCUAGAAAGAAACUGUAUGUAUGUUGUCGAACAAGGAGAGGAGCAACCAGAGGAAUAACCAAACGCUUGAUACUCUGCGCGGCCAAUGUGCAGGCGCCUCAAGUCCAAAAUGACCAUGUACAUAAAUAUACUGUGUAUAUACACAUAUAUUGCUCACCCUGAAAAAUGUUCAGGGCUGCAGGCAUAGAUCUCGGGACCAGCUGCUUCUCCCAUAGGCAGCUUUAUGUGGCUUGCUCACGUGUUCGUAGCCCCAAGGAUCUGUUUGUGUUAUUCCCUGAAGGAAAAACUGCCAAUAUUGUUUACAAAGAAACUUUGGGAUCUAUUCAAGAAGAGUCGGAAACUGCCGUCUUGUCGGAAAGAUGGCAGUUUUCAGCUGAUUUAGGUCUGAUGGUGUUCCGACCUAUUCAAUAGGGGCAGUUUUUUUCCGACAAGUCGGGAUUUUUUGACUUGUCGGAAAACACGUGGAUCGGCGGAAUAGCCAACAAUCUGCGUGCUUCUGUCAGAAACUGGGCCAGAUCUGACAAUCUCAAUCCGACUUUAAAAAAAGUGGGACUUUAACUACUACUAAAAAAGUAGGACUGGUGGGACUUUUACUAAGGCUAUUAAAGUAGGACUGGUGUAUGACUAAUUCUUAUAAAUCCCGGUAAGAAGGCGAUUUCCAUUAAGCUGUAUAGUUUUGGAUUUAUAAAAUUUCACUGCAAAAACAAGUAACUAUUUU